GAGAGCACCGCGCGAGGAUGCGCCACCGUCCCCGGUCGGAGAUAGAAAUAUCCAAAGUGUGCGACGGGCUGUCCAGCGUUACAACUCAAGACAUAAUCAACUAAUCUCGCUUUCAUUGAGCCGAGCCUUUCAGCGGGAGCAAAAGUCUGCCAAGUCGAUUCUUUGUUUUACAGCGCUCGCAUUGCUCAAACGGAGGGGGCACGGUGUGGAACUGUACCUCCGGUUCUUGCGCAUGCAUUCGAUGGAGUAGUAUUGCGUUUAAGUAAGAGCUAAUCAAAAAAACUGUCACCGAGCCAAACAGCUGCAUUUGUUUCAAAUUACGCUUCCUCUCUGGAGGAUGCCAGGUUAACAUUGAAAGCAUGGAAUCGGUGUGCAAAAAGACGUAACCACCCCACUCGUUUCCACCGUGAGCUGAAGAGGAGCGACUGGCAACUGUUUUUAACGGGGUUUAACGAGCGCUCGAGAUGUUGUAAAAGUCAGUCCCCCUUUCCCGGACUGCGUGGGACAGAAAGCUCAGAAGGUUGAGAGAGCGACGGAAAGGCGAGGAACCACCGAGGAUAUUAUGGCUCUCGCAAGGUUUUGCCUCUACCUGCUAACGCUCAGUUGGAUGAACUUCCCGCCUGCGGAUGGGAACGAUCGCCACGCCGUGUACUGGAACAGCUCAAACAUACACUUGAGGAGAGAGGGCUACACGGUGCAGGUGAGUGUCAACGACUACCUGGACAUCUACUGCCCGCACUACAACCAGAGCCAGCGGGGGGCGCUGGAGCGCGGCACGGUGGAGCAGUACGUGCUCUACAUGGUCAGCUACCGCGGCUACCGCUCCUGCGACCCGCAGAUGGGCUUCAAGCGCUGGGAGUGCAACCGGCCGCACGCCCCGCACGCGCCCAUCAAGUUCUCCGAGAAGUUCCAGCGUUACAGCGCCUUCUCGCUGGGCUACGAGUUCAACGUGGGACACGAGUACUACUACAUCUCCACGCCCACUCAUCACCAUGGCCACAACUGCCUAAGACUAAGAGUCUACGUCUGCUGCUCCACAGUAUCUGAUUCAGAUGAUGACUCUGAGCAGAGUCCCUCUGACUACACUGACAGUCCUGACAUAAAAAUACACGAUAUUGAUGAGUUCAACCCUGGCCUCCCCAAGCUGGAGCGUAGUGUGAGUGGCAGCAGUCCGUCGCGAGACCUCCUCCUCCUCACCGUGGCCGCCCUGCUCCUCACCACGCUCCUGGUCUCUUAGCAACCCGCCACGGCAACCGCCACGACUCCCCAUCGACAC